AUGGACAUGGGAGCCGACGGGGGUGCGGACUUGGCGGCGUGCGGGCAAGGGCGCGUAGUCGAAAGAGAGCUCUGCCCCACGCUCACAAACGGGCGCCACGUCGUGACCGUCAACGGCCGCGAACGGCAAUUCAUCGUCAAGCUCCCCGAGACGUACGACGCGCGCCGGCCCCACCGCCUCAUCUUCACCUUCCACCCCAUGGGCGGCAGCGCCGAGCUCACCGCCGCCAUCUUCGUGUCGCCCAACGGCACCCUGGGCGUCUACGACCUGCUGGGCUGGGCCAACACGGACGGCGACGACAUCGACUUCGUGGACGCCAUGGUCGAGGCCGUCGAGGCCGCGCUCUGCGUGAACCAGGACUUGCGCUUCUCCACGGGGUUCAGCUACGGCGGCGCCAUGUCGUAUGCUAUUGGCUGCGCGCGGCCGGAGCAGUUUAGGGCCCUUGGUAUUAUUAGCGGGGCGGAGAUGUCUGGGUGUGAAGGUGGAGCGCCCUCGAGGCCUAUUGCUACGUAUCAGCAGCACGGCGUGCAAGACGAUCUGCUCCUCUUUGACAACAUUCUCCCUAUGCGGGACGCCCUCGUGGAGGCCAAUGGGUGCACGCCCGUCACGCCCGAACCGAUUCCCGUGGGAAACACCGCUGCCAGGGUCGACUACGAGGGUUGUCUCGAAGGGUACCCCAUGACCUGGGUGGCCUUUGACGGCGGCCACAUCCCCGGCUACGUGGAUGAGGGCGAUGACGUGCCUCUUUCGACGAAGAAUAUCUGGGAAUUCUUUACCCAAUUUGAGUAG